UGGGAUAGCCCAAAUCAACACCCACGGGUCAUCCAGGGGUCCGUGGUGCAUGUUUACACACGGGACAGUCACGGUGCGCUGUUUUGCGGAGGUAGCGGCUCUACCUGUGACACCUGUUACCUGCAAACGUCCAGGCACGCGGCGCAGCGGAGGCUUACGUUACAACGAUCGAAGUACCAUCGCAUCUGCAGCGUGUGAAGUACCGAUGUCGCGGUGGGACGAUGAGACGUUUGCCACCUGGCACCCGCGGGACGUCCGGCGUCUCAUCCGGACAGGGGAGCUGCGGGGAAGGUCGACGUCGGGAAUGUGUUCUGGGUACGCCCAGGCCAAUAUAACCAUUUUGCCUAAGUCCCUGGCUGACGACUUCGAGGCCUUUUGUUCGCUGAACCCGGGAGCCUUUCCACUGCUGUACCGGUCUGAACCUGGCGAGUUGACCGCUCCGCCGCUAGCGGAGGAAUCUGACAUCAGAACGGACGGUGUGUACAGUGUGUGUAAGAACGGCAGACUUCUCCCCGAGUCGGGCUCCCUGCUGCCCUACACGGACCAGCUGAAGGACAUGGUGACCUUCUACACCGGCUGCAGCUUCUCGUUCGAAGGGGCAUUUCUAGAGGCGGGUGUUCCCAUACGGAACGUGGAGCAAAGACGGGAUGUCGGCAUAUUUAGGACGAGUAUUCGCUGCCAGCCUUUCAGCUCAUUUGACUGUGAAGUUGUGGUGACCAUGAGGUACAUACCAGAGGACAAAUUAGAAACUGCCUUCCGGGUAACACACUGGACGCCCACUUCACACGGGGCGCCCAUCCACAUUGGAGACCCAGCCAUGAUAGGUAUAAGUGACGUAGAGAACGUUGACUGGGGUGAUGUUGUGAAGGCCACACCAGGAGACGUGCCUGUGUUCUGGCCAUGUGGAGUCACCAUGGAGCCGGCUGUCAUGUCCGCUGCUCCGUCUAUCGGUUUCUUCACGCAUGGCACAAAGGGCUGCCUGUUCCUCUGUGACAUCAAGACGACCUUUGUCAAGGACACAAACAUGGCCGACACCCCUAGCCUUGUGCAGAUAUCCCAGGAUCCUCUGUUUUACAGCGUGACAUCAGAAAAGGCCGUUAGCCGCGUCCGCGAGCUGGAGAGGAUUGUACUGCCGCCCAGGGAGGCACAGAAUGGGUGCUUGUCGGACACACACGACGAAGGCGCGUUGUUAAAGUCGUCCCUGUCUCUGUCCCAUGCGUCCUCAGUCGCCGUGGUGGUUGCAACAUACCCUGAACAAGAAUCCAUUCCACAAGAACGUUGUGAGCGGCUCCAGGGCGCUGUGGCCGUAACCGCCAUGUUGCAAGCGUUAGGGAAGGAAGUUACUGUGGUGACCGACGAGAACAGCACCAAACUGGUGGAUACAAUCGCGAGAGAACUCGUGCGUGUGGGAUAUUUGAAGAAAGCCUUCACCGUUCUACCCUACCCAAAAUGCGACAUUCCAAGUACUGAUAAGAGCACGGGAGAAAACGGUCCGACAAACCUCAAGUUCGACCAUCUGGUGAGGAUCGGAGAAUCUGCUCAGGAAGACCGGAGCUUGGACCAACUGUUUCCUGUCAAACUGCCGCGGAUCAAAACGACUGGUCUUAGUACCGAUGGUAGUGAUACGUGGAUCUCGACAGACUAUACCAUUAGGGCGGGGGUGUCCAGCUGGGGUGUGUGGGCCCUUUCCAUGGCGCUGUUCGUCCUGAAUGCCUGCCCAAUCCACGACCGCUACCUCAGGAGAAGCGUCGGCACGGCUAGGGAUAUGACGGACGCUGUAGCAGCAGCUAUCUCAUUGGAAAGGGAACAGCUGGCUCUGUCCGUGGUGCUGAAACAGACCAACAACAUGGAGAGGUCGGGCGAGCUGCAGUUCUCGGCUGAGCAGAAAGGGGUCAUUACUGCAAUGAGAAAUUUGGCUGUGCCAAACUAGCUCAACACUGACAUCCCACGAUAGCGCAGCAGUCCACGGACUGGAAGAUGUCAACUUCUAUUACAGGAAUGGUGGUGGAAGGUGAAGAGUAUAGGAAAGAAGUUGUCACAAGAAGCAAUACGAUACCACAAUUUGAACCUUGAACGGGGACAUCAGAGAUGUCAUUACGGGAGACAAUUUAGUACAGAGAGACGAAAAGAAAGAAAUAACGUUAUAUCCAUAUUAAGCAAACAAUAGAACCCACAAAUGUUGACCUAUUUUUGUAUGAUUUAGUGAAUGCAGGAGGCACAUAAAUGUAGGAUAAAGAAGACAUCUUGACUGUUGUCUUUCCGUGACCCUUUAUUGCCACAAUGUACUACCGCCACUGCUUACAAGAUACGUCAAUUUACAAUAUACAUGUAUUACCACAUGGAAUGUAAAGGGUUUUUAUACUAAGAAUCUAAGUUGUCUUUGGUGCUGACUGACUAUCACUUAAAACACAUCAUCUUGGUGUUGUAUUG